UUGCCUCUCGUCGCUGUUACAAUACGAAUAACCAUACUGUCCAGCAAGAAGAUGAGCAUGAAAAAAGCAGCAGCAGCAGCAGCAGCAACAGCCGCUCUAGCAGAGAGGAAAUUCUAUUCUCGAAAUCAUUUCAACCGAGUUAUUGUCGCCGCCAUCGCCGCCCAAAUUGCAGGCAUUCGAUCUGUGUUCAACUUCAGAAUCAAACAAACAGAACUUCUGUACCUGGAUUAGCAGAAGCUAUCCCUGCUUUUCUAAAAACCAGUGCCAAUAAAUUAAGAUCCGUUUUGGAAAAUAGCAGCACAAAUGUCCAGCAGCUCCAACAACAAGAUCCUACCAAUAAUAAGAGUAAAAUAGUCAAACCCCUAACUGUUGCUGGUCAACAGGUGAUGGGUGGUGGAAUGCCCCCUCGUUGGUAUGACUUAUUCUUGGAUCUGUUGACACAAGCUGCAAUACAAAAAUAUAUGUGCGAUGGUUGCACUGGACUGGAAGCCAUUCAUGAGAUUUUCUCUUAUGGAUACGUUGAAGAUGAAGACGAAGAAGAUGAUUGUGACGACGAGGAUGAUGAUGAUGAUGAUGAUGAGGAGGAGGAUGAAGACGAAGAAGAAGAAGAAGAAGAAGAAGAAGAGAACGAUAUCUGGAAUGUCAAGGCGGCAGACCAUCACUUGUUAUUCCCUAAAACCAGAACAAUGUAUCUUUUCAAGCUUCAAGUGCAUAAACGGGAAAAAGAGUUUACCCAUAUCAAAGAAGGAUACACAUUAGAACAACAUUUUCAAGAAUUAGAAAAACUUUAUCCAUUCAUCUAUUUUGAGCGAAAUAUGUGCGACUUUAUUCAGAUGCUUUUAGAAGAUAUGGAUACACCUGCUUUAGAUAAGUGUGACGUGCCUGAUGUUGCAAGCCCCAUCAGAUCACCCGAAGAUUUACCCGAGCCACAUUUCACGACACAUAUUCCUCCUUUGUACAAGUAUCCCGAGGAUGGUGCGCUUCUCAUGCCGGAAAUUCCUGACGUUUUUACUGAGGAGAAUGAUAGUGUUAGUACUACAACAACCAGUAUCAGCUCCACAGCCAUUAUACCACCCUCCACCUCCUCCAUCGAUACUAUGAAUUACUCGAAUGACAGAAAACGCUCCCCUUACAUAGCGCAACUAUCUUUAUUUGAAGAUCAACAUUACCAAAAGCAUCCAAGACUACAAUAAGAUGACUCUUGUCCUUUUUCGUCGGAAGGGUCAUCAUCACCUUUGUCAACAAAAACACUUUCUUCUCUCUUUAGCUUCUUGGAGCUCACCCAACCCUUUUCUUCAUGCAUUUAGAUACCUCCGUUUUUAUAUCAUUACAUUGUAACAUUCGACCCACAGUUCGCACAAGCAUUUAACAAAAUACCU